CUAAUACUUUCCCGCUCAAACCAGACACAAAACCAAACGGCAAAAGGUACCAAAGAGGAGACAAAGCAGAAACGCCUGCAACCGCCGCUACAAACGCUGCUUAAGUACUCGUCACCAUAACAGCACCUUAGCCAAACAAUAGCGCAGCGUCUUACAUUCUUUCUUCUUCCUAGAGAAAGAGGCAGAUGGAAGUUAAUGAAGAGGCUAGAUGUAAAGAGUUGGCUAAGUUGUCCUCAUUUUACCACGCCGUUUACUCAGAGAUAGAAGAGGUUGGAUGGGAGCAUUUGGUGAGGUUGGGCGGAGAUCUAACUUUCCUUAGCUUCCGUGUUCUAGAUAAGAAGGGAAGAGCACAUGUCAUGGAAAUUCAGUUGGAUAAAGCCUAUCCUAGAGUUCCACCAAUGGUUUCAGUGGAUGCCCCCUAUAUCUUCAAUUUAGAAUGGUCGAUGAACUCAAGACUGAAAAAGUUGGUACAACAGUUUGAGGAGCAUCUGGAGAAGCUUCAAGGAUUCUGGUCUACUUUGGAUCAGAUUGACAGGUCUCUUCAGAUUGUUGAUUCAAAGCAGGCAUCACGUGCCAUGUCUUAUCGCCAAAUUCACAUAGGAAAUGAUUGCUCCAUCAUAUUGUCCAUUGAUAUCAAUGACCCUAGAUCAUUGCCAGAGUGCCGUUUUAUGGGUUCGGGUACUAUUGUGAACUCUUUGAAAAAGACAUGGAAAAGAAAUAUCAGUAGAUGGAUAAGGGAUAAACCCUUUUCAGAAAAUCUUGAGUGUCUUCUGAAGACUGAAUUACCAAGGCCUGUCGAUGAAGAGGAAAACAAUCAUCUAGUUGAAUGUGGAAUCUGUUAUGCUCAAUAUCUCCCCAUUGGCGAUGAGCUUGGACCUAAUAGUGGAAAUGCAACUGAUUACACUUGCGAGAAUAACAGUUGCAGUAAGGCUUUCCACAGCACGUGCCUAGUGGACUGGUUGCGUUCUAUCACAACAACAAGGCAAUGACUCUUUCAGUUACAUGAUUCAGGGUAUCGUGUUUUCAUACAUUGUCAUUCAAUGUUCUGUUUGGGCAUUGCCCGUACUGUUCAGAGCCAAUUGCAGUCAAAAUCAAGAAUUAGGGAUCUAAUUAGUCCUAAUAAAAGAUCCCGAGCUGAUUCAUCCUGUCCAGAGAACCUUUCAUUGAGGAGAAGAGGCCUAUAAAUUUCUUAACCGCCAUAGCAGCAAAACUUCUGAAGUCAUACACUGUAGACGCUGAAAGAUUAAAGCUUUUGUGCACGCAGCCUCUGAAAAUCCUUUCCAUUUUGCUAAAAGGUCUAACCUUUGCUGAAAUCAAAAGCAUUAAAAUAAGACUAACACAGCAUCCAAUGUAUAUUUAUGCCCGCUUGUACGCUACUGUUUCAUUUACUGUGACUUGUGACCAACAAUUAUUGGUGGCUUCCCCGUCAUUAUGUUUAGUCCUGACCUUAUGUUAGGCCCUAUUGACUUUGAUAAGAAGUGUUUCAUUUGAUUUGUGGUCCUUCCUGGAAUUUAGAUUCUUUGUUGCCAAUUAAUUCAGUUCUUUGGCUUUGUUGCCAAUUCAUUCAAACGAGUGUUUUUUUUGGGCAUAUUAAGCAGUUUUUUUUUUUUUUUUUUUCACAUUUUCUCUGCAUAUC